GGAGUGUGAUGCUGGAGAAUUACAGCAACCUGGUGUCUGUGGGGUAUCAACACACCAAACCUGACAUCAUCCUCCAGCUGGAACAAGAAGAGCUGUGCACGAUGCAGGGCCGAAUUCUAAGUCACGGCCAUCCAGAGGGACGCAACCCAGCCCAGGAUGCAGAGUUUCCUGAAGCUGCUGCGGGACAGUGGAGGCACCAGCCCAUUUGUGGAGGAGCUGGUGAGCCUUGUGGGCAGGCUGUGCCAGGACCUGCAGGACAACCUCACCCAGGCACAGCACUUGAUCACGGCCUUGCUGGAGAGCCAGCUCUUCCUGUACCACCUGAGCAACAAGGACCUGGCGCUGGUGUGCGCCCGCGUGCUGGCCAAGAAGGAGCAGCACGAGGCCGCCUUCCAGCUGUUGGAGCGAUGCUGGGUGCCAGGAGGCAGUGAGGAGCUGGUGCGGCUCUGGAAUGACAUUCACUACCAUUUGGAGAAGAAGAGGCUGGGCGUGGCCACGCUGACCUCGGAGCAGAAGUUCCGCUGCAGGAAGAGGAACCCGCCACCCCCCUCCCUCUGCCCUGACGGACUGAAGAGCUUCAGAUUCACCUGGGAGGUUCGCCAGAAGUUGCAGAGCUUCGCCUCGGGUGUGAGCAGCAGCCCCAGCAAGGCCGAGCGGGAGGCCCUGGCUGCAGAGACCAGCCUCACCGUGGCGCAGGUCAACACCUGGUUUGGCAAUUACCGCCGGCGCCAGAAGGCGGGUCUCCAGUGUUUGGAGCCGCAGCCCUCAGGCCACCGCCACCCCGGCUUCGUGGGUGGGCACCCACCUCAGUGGGCAGGAGGUGAGGAGAAUGGGCCGGCUCGAACCCCGGUGACCACUCCAGGGUUUUGGCAGCCUCCGGCCCUGGCCUUGGACGUUUCUGGAGACGGGACAAUGCCCGAAUCACUGACUCCCAGGUACUGUCAUCCCCACGGUCUGUUCUCCUUGUUCAGCUUCCCCACCGUCAGCAGGAUACCAGGGGGAAUGAGCAUGGGCGUGCUGGGCCCGCUGGGACCAGGUCUGGGAGGGCUGUGGCCACAGGAGUGCGGGCGCCCUUGCCGGGAGCCGCGGUCAGGGACCCUGCACUUGUUCCCCGUGACUGACUCACAGCCUGGCGUCCUGCGCGUGAUGGAGAAGGGGAAACAGACGCAGAAAGAAAAAUACGCAAACCUAUCGCCUGCAGGCACACCCAGCUGUCGUGGUUUGUUUGCUUCUGGUGUUUGGUGUGGUUUGUUUCAUUGGGUUGAUCAGGGCCAGCACUGCCGGGUUCCUGCUGUACAGGGUAGUGCCUGGCCUGGCCGAGCCUCCGUCCACCAAGGGACAGUGUUCGUGGGGCUUCCCAGCUCUCUGCAGGGCGGCGAGAUGUAUCCGGAGGGGCCUGGCCGCGACCCAUCCACUCUCCCCGCCGUCUACCCUGACCCUGGCUUCGCUGGGCUGGCUGCCCGCAGCGACUUGCUGGACCCUUCAGCUGCGCCCGAGCCCUGGCUGGUGUCCCUCACACCGGCGUCCUCCAGGGACGCUUCCGUUCACUCUGGACAGCUGGUGCACAGUCACGGGCCGCACUUCUGGAUGCCUCCUUCGGACGCUUCUAUGUCGGUGUCCAUUUCCACAGUCGCCGAGCCCAGCUCCACAGGGCUCCCUGACCUGCCCGGCAGCCACCCCCAGAGCACAUUCCUGGAGGAGGGUCCGGGCACCAGCGUCAGCCAGGCAGGCAGCUUCCUGGUGACACAGCCCCCACCACAGGCUCCGGAGUUGGUCCUGCCCCAGAGCCUCCCGGAGCUGGCUCCUACCCCGUCGACCUUUCCCGGGCCUGUGCCUGCUGGGGAGCUGAGCGAGGACCUGCCGUCCAACCAGGUGCCGUGGUCUGACAGCCAGGCCUCCAGCGAUGUCUUCUGGGUGGCCAAUGUGCUGUGCCCCUUGAGCUUUCGGGGGGCAACAGGGGCUGAGCUGCCCCCGGGAGCCAGGCCAGCAUCCCAGGGAAGACAGCUGCACCCUGAGCACUGCCUGUCGCUGUGGCUGUCGGUCUCCAACCAGCAUCGCACAGCACGGCUCGUCCAGCCCAAGGUCUUCAAAGCGUGGCCCCUGUAG